AUGGAUCAUUUUGAGCAGGGCAGACCGGGAAAGAGGAGACGGGGGAAUCUGCCCAAGCAUGUGACGGAUCUGCUGCGAAGUUGGUUGAACGACCAUCUCCACCACCCAUACCCUACAGAAGACGAGAAACAGAUGUUGAUGGCUCAGACUGGAUUGACGAUCCAUCAGAUUAGCAACUGGUUCAUCAAUGCUCGCCGGCGUAGAAUACCCGCCAUCACGAACUCCGAUUCGAGAUCCCCGGGUUCUCGAAGAACUAGCUCGACGCAAUAG